UUAAAAGUAACAAGGGAGGAAAGGGUUAAGUUGCAGAAGGAAGGGAUGAGCGAGCAACGCAGUGUGUCAAGGGAGUAAAAUCACUUGUAAGAUUGAAGGGGGUAGUAAACGGGUGAGGGGAGCCUGUUGUUACUCGUCGGGCUCUCUGUGGUCUGGAGCCCGGCUUUUCCCCGUAAAGGAGCGAGGAGGGGAGGGGGAAGUCCCACCCUCCUCAAUCAUAUGCUGGCUGCCUAGAGCAGCGAGAGCCGGACGCCGGGAAGGCAGCUCGUUGGUCGAUUGUUCGGUGGGAACGCGCUGAGGAAUGGGAAGCCGCGGUGCCUCCCCCACCCCGGCUGGUGGGCACCGGCGGGACAACGGGCGCUGAGGAUGCGAUAACCCGGAGCCCCAGCCGGGAGCAAGACGGCGCGGCCACCCCGCACCCUCGCCGGGGCGGGAUGAGGGAACUGCUGCCCGGCUUGGCUCUGCUCUGCUUACUGGGCUGGCUGAGCCUUACCUCGGAGCCCGGGGAUCCCCCGCCGCCGCCGCCGCCGUCUGCUGCUGCUAAAACUUUCCGAAGUCUUCUCGCUGUUUCGCUGCAGGAGGAGGAAGCGGCAGGGACGACGAGGAGGAGCGGUUCGUUGCCAGGACGGACCGGGAACGAGCUGGCACCAUUGGUGGAGCAGGGUGUGUUCUGGAGCGAGCGAGCCGACCGCUUACCGUCCGCCGGCUUCUCGGAGAGGCACGUCCAGCGCUGGCAGCAACGAGCCCGCUCUGCGCGCCUGGUCAGCCUGGAGAAGGGCUGCGGGAGGCUGUCCAACCGCCUGGCGACCUUCGCGGAUGGUAGCCGAGCCUGCGUGAGGUACGGCAUCAACCCAGACCAGGUUCUGGGCGAGACCCUCUCCUUCUACCUGUCCCGCCUGCUGGGCGUCCGCAACGUGCCCGCCCUGGCACUGUCCCGGGUCAACACCAACGCUGAGCAGUGGCUGAGGGUCCGGCGCGAGGUGCAGGCGGCGCCCUGGGCGGACCGGCCGGUGGUCAGUCUGUCCGAGUGGAUCGGCAACCUGAGCGACGUGGUGAGUCCGCCGCCGCUGCGGGCCGGCGCUGGCGCCAGAGGGCUGCACCCUCGGGUGGACGAGCUGGCCAACGUGACGGAGCACCAAGCGCGGGAACUGGCCCAGUGGUCCGACCUCGUCCUCUUCGACUACCUGACGGCGAACUUCGACCGGCUGGCCAGCAACCUGCUGAGCUUGCAGUGGGACUCGCGGGUGAUGGAGCGGUCGACCAACAACCUCCACCGAACGCCCCAGGGCUCCCUGGUCUUCAUCGACAACGAGGCGGGGCUGGUGCACGGCUACCGGGUGUUACCCAUGUGGGAGCGCUACCACGAGUCGCUGUUGAAGACCCUGUGCAUUUUCCGCAAGGAAACGGCUAGGCGGAUCACGGAGCUGCACCGUUCCCGGGAUGCCGCCGGCCAGUUGCUGGCCCUGUAUCUGGCCAGCGAGCCGCUGGCCCCGCAGCUCGGGUUCCUGUCCGAGGAACACGCUCAGAUGGUGCAGGCCAGGACUGACCGCCUCUACAAACACAUCAUGCAGUGUAAGGCGAAGUAUGGACAAUAAGCUUGGCCAGGGGUUACCCUUUUUUUUUUGGUGACUUCUUCCUCCCCCUGUUAAACCCUUGACUCCCCUUUGGGAGGGGGUUUGUUAACUGGGCCGUGUCCCCGUGCGAGGUGGGAAGGGGAAGCAGCACCAACGAAGUCAGCGGCUGGAGCGGCAUCUGUGAGGAGAAAGUAAUUGCUGACGGUUCAGGUCUAAAGCCUAAAGCAAUAUCUCACCCAGAUGCUAAUCUACCUUCAGCAGAUCUUUGUUGCUCCAGAUUUCAGCAACUGCAGUUGUGUGUGUCUCCAAGGUGCCAAUGGGCAUCUCCCUGCCAUUGAAGAUCAACCUGCUCUUGCCCAACCUUCUAUUUUCAGAUAACUUGGGGAGGAAUCAGCAUUGAGCUGAGUCUGCUCUGGUGUGCCCGAAUGAACUACGUCUCAUAGACUGGAAACAUCAAGAGGCAAUAGUAAGAGAAUUCUUCCUCGAACAGGGUCUAAGAAAACCCCCCUUUGUAACAUAAUUCUUCAGCUUUCUAUGGUGGAAUAUUUUGGGACUGAAAUUGGUAUUGGGCGAUAGCACGUAACUGGCAAGAGCAAAUAAUUGUGUCAUCCAUAUCCUAGUGGCAUUUGCCAGUUCAUUGUUUCCUCUGUUAUAUUUUCAUUCCAGAGAGAUUUCAAUUUUUUCAUUAUCUGCAUUUUAUUGCUCCUGGGUACACUCUUACACCACCUUCCUAGUACCUAGGCAACCGUUGAGUCAAUCCUGUAAGUGGUUUUAUCCUAGCCCCAGUUUGGUUCCAAAAUUAGCCCAAGCAAAUGUGAGAAUUUGGAUAUUUCAAUCUGACACAAUUUCAUAUUUUACCAUAACAAGCGUGGCCGGACAGGUUAACAAAAUUGAGAGCAUAGAUAGGGUCAGACAGUCUUUCUCCCAGGAUGUAAGUGUCAGAUACCAGGGAUUUGGAGAUUUAAGGUGAGACAGGGGAAGUUUAAAGAAGAUUUGCAAGGCAACUUUCUUUUUAAGGGUGUGGUAGAUGCCUGGGCUGUGCUGAAUGGAGAGGUGAUAGAUACAAGAGUGGUUUAUAAAAGGCAUUCAGGCAGGGACUUGAGCAGCUGUGGAAUAGAAGGAUAUGGACUAUGUACAUCCAGGUAGGAUUAACUAGAUUGGCAUCAUAGUUAGUGAGGUCCCGAUGGGUUGAAGGUCCUGACCAUAUUCUGUACUGUUCUAUUCUGAGUGCCCACUUCUGUGCUUUGUAACUAGAUCAGACCUUUUUAGUAUCUCAAGCCUGUUCUCACAUUCACCUAACUGUACCUGAAGUGUUUCUUAAUUCAAUUAAUUGUUUAAUUUAGUUUUUUAAUUAAACUACUUUGCUCAAGGUAGUUUCAGGCUCUACAGUAUUCAGUAUCCUCACCAGUCACAAAAAACCCUACAAAUUUAGCCCCAGCUUCAAGGAUCCAAUGCUUCUUCACGAUUUCCCUGCUCAGUUGCAUUCCUGUUAUGAUUAUUCUCCUCCUGCAGUUGAUUAAUUUAACUCCCAUUUUAGUUUUCUUUCCCUACAGCUGCCCACUAUUGAUUCUUGCUCAACCAUCCCACACCAAGGUGAUUAAGAGUAAACCAUCCAGCUGUUGGGGAAAGUGAGUGAGUUUGAGGUCAUUGUAGAAUGGGUUCAUGAUCCUAGCUGGGGUACUUGGUCACCAACAAAAAGAAAGCUUCCAACAAUAUGAAAGCUCCUUCUUUGAAGAGAUUCUUGGCCUAGUAGAAGGAAUGAUGGGAAGAUGGCAGAGCUAGUAGACAGCCUCUGACUCAGUGCUAGUGAGCCGGAUUCAGUCCUGAACUCCGGUCUGUCUGUGUGAACACUGUAUGUUGUUCUCCCUGUGACUGUAGGUUUCCUCUAGGUGCUCUUGCUUCCCUGCACAUAAAGAAGAUGCGCGGAUUGGGAGGUUAACUGGCCUCUGUAGAUUGGCCAAGUGUGGUGGUGAGUAGUAUAAUUUGGACAGAGUGUGAGAAUGUGGGGAGAAAUUAAAAGUAGGAAGAAUGAAGGGUUUACAUUAAUUGUUCAAGUAGGCAUGGAUUUGAUGGGCCGAAUACCCUCUGCUUGUGCUGAGUAGGUGGAUUGUAUCUCAAAAGGGAAGCUGCUCCUAGCCAUGAUAUACUGAAGUGUCAGCUGAGAGGAAACGUACGCUGGAGGUUUGCACCAUUUAAGUUGCUGAACCUCAAAGUGGAGAGUGAUGCGUCUGUUUGUCCACAUUCUUGACUUGAUCGUAUGGUCAGAGCCCAAAUGGUUGAUUCUUCUGGUGUUCUGCUUGUCACGGUCUGCCAACCUGAAAAUGUACUUUUGUACCAACCUUGUUAACCAAUGCCCUCUCAAUGCUAUUGUGCGUGAGACUUACCUUUAGCCAUCUUUGCUCAAAGUUAGUUAACUAUGAUCUGAUCAAAGUAGGCAGUUCCUAGAUUGGGGAGUUUAAGGUUAGGAGUAACAGUUUUAUAUUGUUAACCCGGGUCUGUGGGGGACAAAGGUAUCUCAGCUCAAAAUGCUGACCAUUCAUUUUCUUCCAUCGAUGCUGCUUGUCCCAGUAAGCUCUUCCAACAUUUUAUGUGUGUUGAUCCUGAUUUCCAGCAUCUCUCUUGUCCUCUAAUUACUCUUGAUGUCACCUUGUGACUAGGUCUGAUUUUUAAACUUGGCAAAAUUGAAGGUGUGUGGUCUUGCUAGCCGUAGGUUAAAAUUAAUUAGCACAGGGGGUGGCCAAGAGUUGGACAACGCUGCCUGAAACAGCAGUGGUAAUGUUACCCUUUCAUGAGGUACUUAUACUUAUCACAAGGAUGUCUAUGGUUAUGAGGGAAAGGCUGGAUUGUAGGGAUAAGUGGGGCAGCUCUUUAAGGAGGUUUGUAGUGACUCUAGCUGUAUGAAUGCAUGACUGAGUCUUUGUGCUAGAUGUCAAUGAUUGGAGUCUGUCCAAUCCUGAAAUAAAAACAAAAUACUGGAAGCAAUUAGCAGUCAGAGAAUCAGAAAUAAUAUUUCAGGUCAAAGACCUUUCAUCAAUAAUGGUUCUUGAACUUGAAGUAUUUUGUCUCUUACAAUAGAUCCCGUGACCUACUUGCUCAGUGUUUCUGCAUUUUCUGUUUUUACUUAUGAUUUACAACCCCGGCAGUGUUUUUCCCCCAUUUAUAAUGAUAAUUUCAAUCCAGACAUUAAACAACACACCAUGUAGCUCUGAACUUGUGACGGACUUAUGUGUUGAUUACGUGCCAGCCUUUGAGAUCUGUGAGAUGAUCUGUUGAUGGAGGUUCAAAUACCACAGAGUGAGCGUUUGUUUGAUUGUUACAGACGAAGUUGUUUCCAUUGAAUGAAGCCUGGAAGAGAGCAGAUUGUAAAAUUUCAGUGAUUCAUUGAGAUCAGAACACAGUCACUUUAAUCAUACUAGAUUACUCCUGACUGAAGUGGUUUAUAUUUACAACAGCUUUGAAAGAUUCUUGACGUUGACAGGGGAUCAAAGUUAAAGACAUUAGAUUAGCCAAUCAUCUACUGUGCAGAUAGAUAUUAAGUCUGUUUGAAGAUGGAAUUGUCAAGAUUUAGAGAUGUUCCAAGCACAUUAUAGACCAUGCUAGUCCUCUUAGUUGUAUGUAUUGCUACUUUGUUCUUCUACAAGGGAAGGGUGAUCUGAGGUUCUCCAGAUUGCCAUACUUGAUAGUGGAAUCAUGUUGUUGGAUAGGUCUGUGGCAUUAUGGUUGUGAUAUGCUGUUGUCGAGUUGAAAUAUAUAGAUAUAUGUUCCACGAUGAUGAGCCAGUGGGAGGUCCAAGGGAAAGGGUUUUCCUCAUCUCCUGAGACUAUCUAAUAUAGCUUCUUGAGUCAAGUUUUAAAAAAAAAAAUAAUCGGUCCUUUGAAGGUGACUAUAAUGAAUAUAGUCCAGAGGCAAAAUUGCAUUUUAAAAGAUGGUUCCUGUGUUUGGAAUAAUGCUACAUUAUUUUUACUAGUCUAGCACUAGCAGUUGAGGAAUAAUGAGGCAGUAAAGUGACACAUCGAAAUGAAAAAUGAGUUCUUGAAGAGUGUCGAGGAUCAUUAAUAUACUAUUUACCCGAAUCUAAAUUUAGAUUUUAUUGAUUGCUAACCUAAAAAAGGACUUUUUCGUUGCCUUUCCACAUGCCAUUCAGUACAAAAUAUUAAAUAAAGGCAGUAUCCUUCAGCCAAAACCUGAGGCUGCUGGAAACUCCCUACGAAGCCAUGCUUCACCUAACUCAGACCUUCACUUGAAAGGCAAUAAUUAAUUCCAUUAAAACUUGAAGUUCAAUAUCAUUGCUGUAAAGAAGGAGAAAACGGUGUGGAUUGUGGAACAAUUAAAAGGAGCAGGGUCUACCUAUAACUUUAUGCACACAGUAAAUCAUUGUCAAAAUGUACAUGUUCAAAAAGAGAAUAGAGGCACAGGGAUUAUUUUAAGACUAUUUUAUUGAAGUAGAUCGUGUAAUCGUAUGGCAUUUAGGGUGUUAACUCAAAUGAGUGGGACAACCAUUCAUAUUAACAGUAAUUUAUUAAUUUUGAAGAACAAAGUUCUGUAGACACCUUUGGAUUUCUUAGUAGUAUAAUAGCCAUAUAGAGCAGGGUUCUAUAUGGAAAGUUGGUGAUGAACAAGUUUGCUUUUAAUAAUACCUUUAACUAUAUUGAAAUAUCUGACUUGAAGUUUUUAAUGUAUGAAGGGUUUUUAAUGUAUGAUCCUGGUCAUAAUGCAGACCCAGCCCUAGCUUUAUGCUUUUCUACUGUCAAAGUAGGAAUAUUAUAAUCAGAAGUAGAAAAAUCAGCCUGGAAUCCCAGUCCAGAUCAUUCCUGCUCAGAGCUCAUGGGAUUAUGAACCUCUCUGCAGACAAGAGGGAAGGGAAGUGCAAGGCAGUAAAUUCUUUGUGGUACCAUUGUCUGCAUUGCCUCGGUUCAUGAAUGUCUGUAUUGUGUGAAAGCUGUGCAUGUUAAACAGCAAAUUUUGUGUUGCAACCUUAUGAAUGACAUUUCCACAGCUUCCUACAUUUGAAAGUAUCAUUUCUUCCUCUUUAAUUGGGCUACCACUUAACAUUAUCAUUGUGAGAUGCAGCUUCCUUAUUUUACAAAAAUCAAUGCAGUUGAUGAGGGACAACAAAAUUGUUUGCAUUUGCUCCCUUAAAAAGGGUUAAACCUCUGGCAAUGGAGGACAGACAAACUGCAGGAUUGAUUACCUCCAUGAGAAUACAGAUGGGAGCCCAGGAUUUAGUGAGAAAGCUGGGUGCUGGUUCCCUGAAUAGAAGCAUGCAUGAUUUGGUCUAAGUCCAUUGUGUAGUUGGACAUUUUAACCGUGCUUUCUGCUUGUUCAAAGCAAAGUUGGUAUAAAAGUAUGUAUGCAACCCCAUGAUUCAUGCACGGUUAAUACAGGAAACACAAUAGAAUCAGCGAAAGACAGCACCCAACAGGACAGACAACCAACCAAUGUGCAAAUGACAACAAACUGUGCAAGUAUAAAAAGAACAAUAAUAAUAAGCAAUAAAUAUUGAAAACAUGAGAUAAAGAGACCUUGAAAGUGAGUCCAUAAGUAGUGGGAACAGUUCAGUGUGAGUCCUGGUGGUGUGAGUCCUGAGGCUCCUGUGCCUUCCUGGUUUCAGCAGCAAGAAGAGAGCAUGACCUGGAUGGUGGAAGUCCCUGAUGAUGGAUGCUGCUUUCCUGUGACACCACCGUGUAGAUGUGCUCAAGGGUGGGGAGGGUUUUACCAGUGAUGGACUGGGCAACAUCCACUAACUUUGGUAGGCUUGUUUUCAUACACCUAAAAGCAGUGGUUUUUGGACUAAUUUUAGUACAUAGCCCAGAUGUAUUUUUCAUAUUCUAUAGAUUUUGCAGUGCAUUUGGCCCAACUUAAUUCUACCUAAUUGUUGUGAUUCUUAUAUGCAUUGUAUAUAAAUGUAAUAUAUAAUAUGUCUCAUUUUGGUUUACAGAAACAAGUUUUGUUUAUUUGCAACAUGUGUAUAUUAAUGAAUGAUUAAUUUUGUAUGAAUACUUUGGUGUAAUUGAUAUGACUUGUGUCUGACAAUGUUAAACUUUCUCA